AUGGGGAAUAAUGGAACGAAAAUCGCCUUCGAAGUUUGUGUCGUCACUGCUGAUUAUAAUGGUGAUAGCUAUGGGCCCGGCGUCAAUAUGGUGAUGUUUGAUGAUCAAACAAGACAAUCUCCCACCAUAACAUUGGAUAACCUAUUUCAGAAUGAAGUAGAUUUCACGCUUGCCAAAUUUACUAUAGAUCUUCAGCCUUGGAGCAAGCUCAAGGUAUUAAGUUAUAUAUUUAAUAACAUAAAGGCUUUUGGAAAGCUCCAUCAUAUUGAAUUUUGGAGAACAAGUGAUAAUGGUCUUCCUUCAAAAUGGUUUCUGGAUAAAGUUAUAAUCCGGGACAGAAGGUAUGGCCUAACCGGCGAAUGGGAUUAUGCCUUCUUCCCAGUUCACCAAUGGAUUGCGAUAGAUAGCCAAUACGUUGUCCAUGAUUGCGAGUCCUGGCUCCCUAGAAGGGAUCCUUUUCCGAGUCUUCGUGAUUCCGAAAUCGCAAGAAGGAUGGAAUUGUUCUCAUUUUUCCAACGAGCCAAAGGUCUUCCAGUUGAGUGGAAUAUCGAAGAAAUAGUUUUGGAGCUAAUUGAACAGUCUGGUUUAGCUUUGGAGUAUACAAAUGAGGCUCAGUGGGAUUCUCUGGAAACACUUGGAAACAUUUAUAAAAAGUACAACAUAACGGAGCCCGUCGUAAGUUUAGCUUUGUGUACCUUUCUUCUAUCAUUAUUGGGACUUAAAUCAUAUAGGCAUGUUUGGACAUAUUCUUUUUGUCAUUAA